UCAGAAGCAUAAUGUCCUCGAAAUUCUCAUUGAGUUUCUGGUGGCCACAAUGUUCGUAAGCCUCCACAAUGUUCAUCAAAGCAGCUUAUCCGGGUAAGCUGCCUCUACCGAUCAGGCACAUACUGACCCAUCUCGCGUCUCAAUAUUCAUACAUACAUGCGGAAGACAAUCUUAUCUGAAAUCGCAUAGCAACAUUUCACGUGAUGUGGGGCCUCCAUCCGUCUCACUGUAUGUAUGUGCAUAACUUUGACGUACCAAUGCCUCUGCCAGAGGGAUACGGCUGGUGAUUUUAUGCUCGAUUGUAAGAUGUCUACCUCAUCAAGUUCCCCACAACUCGAUAUCGCCAUUGUCGGCGGAGGCAUCGCUGGAUGUGUUUUGUCCAUAGCCCUCAGCGAGUACAAGAUCAAACAUACCUUAUAUGAAUCGGCCUCACGAUUCGGCGAGAUCGGAGCAGGCGUGGGCUUCGAAAACAACUUCGUCCGAGUCAUGGAACUGAUCUCUCCGUCCAUCAAGGAAGCGUUUCUGCGUUGCAUCGAACCAGUCAGCGACGUGAACCCGACUUGGAUAUCGGUAGCAGUUGGCGAUACCAAAAGAGCAGACGAGAACGGUGUAAUCCUGGACACUAGUGGCGGGGAAUCCAAAGUAGGCGACAUCUUCUUUACAUAUCCUAGUCGGCCUGGACCCAGGGGAGGCAUACAUCGAGCUCAUUUUCUCGACGAACUCGUCAAGUUGAUACCAGAUGAUGUCCCUUCGUUCGGCAAGAGAUUGGUCAACAUCACGAGUGCAGAGGACGGUUCCGAUCGCCCUGUGUUGCAAUUUGCUGAUGGAUCGACGGCUAUACACUCUGCAGUCAUUGGUUGCGAUGGGAUCAAGUCGCGAACGAGAGAGAUAUUACUUGGUAUUGAGGAAGCUGCCCGGCCAGUGUUUUCCGGCAAGUACGCCUACAGAGGCUUGAUACCUAUGGGACGGGCAAUCGAGAUAAUGGGCGAAGAGAAAGCAAGAAAAGCUACUAUGUAUCUGGGCUAUCAUCGCCAUGUUCUCACUUUUCCGAUUGCGAAAGGGUCCAUUCUGAAUGUCGUUGCAUUCAGCUCCAAGCAAAAUUGGACAGACGAAGAAUGGGUGGUCCCUACAUCCCGAGAAGCUAUGGUCGCUGACUAUGAGACUUGGAUCCCUGAAAUCAAAGGCGUCCUGGCAGAGUUGCAAAGACAAGACAUUUGGGCACUUUUUCAACAUCUCCCAGCGAGCACAUAUUUCGGAAAGCAACCUCGAAUAUGCCUUGUCGGAGACGCGGCACACGCUUCCACUCCAUUCAAUGGCGCGGGUGCUGGUAUGUGUGUUGAGGACUGUUAUAUUCUGUCUUCACUGCUAUCUGAAGUGCAACAUGAACCAGACCUGUGCAAGGUGUUCAGUUCCUACGAUGAGGUGAGACGGUCCAGGUCGCAAAGAUUGGUUCAGAAGAGCAUAGAAGCUGGGAUGCUCUAUGAAUUCGAAGGUCCUCAGGGUGAUGAUAUCGACGCACUUAUAUCAAACAUGACCACGAGAAUGAAUUGGAUCUGGGAUUUUGAUUUGAGACUCGACCUAGAACGAGCUCAGGAAUUGGUGCGAGGGAGCAUCUGAAUUUAUCGGUCGUUCCGGCAUAGAAGAGCCUCUAAUUUCAGAUGAAUAAG